UGCUCUCGCGAGAUCUCGCCCAAAGCCUCACGGUUUGUGUCUGGUUCACUCUGGUGCUAGUGGUGAUCGCUCAUAUUCUGGAGGAUUUUCAACACAGAAACAAUAUAUCCAGGCGUGGAAGGUGUAAAACACCUUAUCAGUGAACAUGUCGGAAACGGAUCCGAAGUCGGUACAGGACCUUACAGCUGUGGUCCAGACAUUGCUUCAGCAGAUGCAGGACAAGUUCCAGACCAUGUCAGACCAGAUCAUUGGAAGAAUUGACGAAAUGAGCACUCGCAUUGAUGACCUGGAGAGGAACAUCGCAGACCUGAUGACCCAGGCGGGUGUGGAGGAGAUCGAAGGGGAGAAUAAGGUCAGCCAGGACGCGGACUCGCAGUCAGCCAAAAAGGUUGCCAAAUAACACUAAGUACUGAACUCUUUCUACGAGAAGAACAGAUUUUUUUCAGAGUGGUUUAUGAUUUUUUAAUUUCAACUUGGUGUGUAAAGCAUUUUUUUUUUUAUAUUGACUUCUAAUAAUGGUUGCAUUCCUGACAUACUGACUGGACAUUAAGAUUUUUUUUUCUAAUGUGGAUAUUUUACAGAACUUUUCAAAACCUAUAAUAGAAGUCCCUUAACUUAUUCAAACCUGAAGCCAGUAAUGUUAACAGCACUACCUGUUUACCAAGUCGAGGAGAUCCGAGUUUGUUCCAUUUCAUUCGAUUAAAGAGUUUUCUUACAAAAUGUUUCUUUUGUUUUGUUAAAAGUGGUGUGACAAAAUCUAAGCUUUGGGUUACAAAGCAGCACUUGCUAGUCUGCUUUUUGCCAUUGCUUUUGCCAUUUUUUGCAAUUAAUUGAUUCUUAAUUCAGAAUCAAUAUCUGUGGAGGAAUAUGGGUUUCCUACGAAACACAAAUCAAACUGAAGAGGCGUUGUGUGAUAGUGUAUGGCUUUACAGUAUAUCACCUCAUUAAUGUUAUACAUGCACAAGAUAGGGUUUUGCAAGUAAUGGUAAAUUUGAGUGUUCAGUCUCAGUCCACUUCGGUUUGCUCUGUCCCAGUAAAAUAAAGGUACUGAAUCAAAAGCUUUGUAAAAUUGAUUUGAAUUAGAUCAUAUAGUCUUUAACCCUUGUAUCUCCUUCUUAUGCAGUUUGUUUUGAGCUAGCCAGGUUUCCCUAUUUUCCACAUUAGAUGCCUACAAAUCAGAAUAAAGGGCACAUUUUUGUACCAGCUCAGGAAAGGUUGCUGUAGGUUUUUUUUGUCCUGAAACUGCUAAAGUGAUUGUUCAUUAUCAGACAGGUCACAAUCGUAACAUACUCAUCUCUUCGCUGUAGAAUGAAGUUGUCUAAAGAAACGACCAGGACUGUUGGCAAACAGGACCUAGAAGGGAAUCCUUAACCUUUGUAAUUCCAAUGCAAUACUGCAUCAAGUCAGCCACCUGAAAGACACAUUUAAAUUUAUUUUAAUAUAUCAUUUUAGUACCUUUUAAGUUUACAGCUUACAUUUUUCUACGUGAUGAUUACUUUGUGGUUUGAAGACUUGCAUAACACUGUAGCCACUACCUUUUUUUUGCAGUUGACAUUUAUACUGCUAUAGAUUCUGUGGACAAUUACAAAUAUCAGGGAUUAUUUGCCAUAACAUUUUUUUACAAUCCUUUGUACAUUUUUGGCUUGGUCACAAAUUCUAAAUGAGCUUCAGCUGGGGCAUGCAAGCAUAGUAAAGUGGACAAAAAAAAAAAUGUUUUUUUAUGUAAUGAAGCAACAACUGUUAACCUAUGUCACAGUUAAUAAAGAUUAAUGUACUGUUGGGUA